UACUUUUUUUUUUUUCUGGUUUCAGGGUCGUCUGCCCGUGAAAUGGAUGGCUCCAGAGGCACUGUUCGACCGGGUCUACACGCACCAGAGCGAUGUAUGGUCUUACGGCGUUUUGUUAUGGGAGAUAUUCACUCUGGGAGGCUCACCGUACCCGGGAAUCCCAGUGGAGGAACUCUUCAAACUGUUGAAAGAAGGACAUCGGAUGGACAAACCUGCCAAUUGCACGCAUGACCUGUACAUGAUCAUGAGGGAGUGUUGGCACGCCGUCCCGUCUCAGAGGCCCACGUUCAGACAGCUGGUAGAAGAUCUGGACCGGAUUUUAUCAAUGACCUCCACAGAUGUAAGUGUCUCAAUGAAUGGCAAAUUGCAAGGGUGAUUGAUCCUGAUGCAA